AUGGCGGCGGUGAAUCUCAACAUGCUGGCUGAAAAUGCCUCCAGGCUGGGUAUGCGUUUGCAGGAAACGUUCUCCGAACACACAAGGGACCUCGCGAUCGCGCGGGGCUCCGGCUCAGCCUUCCUUGACAACCCGGAGGAGAAAGUGAAGAACAUUGGGAAGCAGCUCGAUUCUAGUAGUGAUAGAGAAAAGCUUGAGGCAAUGAAGAGGCUCAUCGCGCUCAUUUCGAGAGGCCGCAACGUCUCCGAGUUCUUCGCGCAAGUCGUCAAGAACGUCGCUUCGCACAACCUCGAGAUCCGAAAGCUCGUGUACAUCUACCUCCUCCGCUAUGCCGAGCAAGAGCCCGACCUUGCGCUCCUCUCAAUCAACACUUUCCAGAAGGACUUGUCCGACCCCAACCCGCUCAUCCGCGCCAUGGCCCUCCGCGUCCUCUCGGGCAUCAAGGUGCCCAUGAUUGGCAGCAUAGUCGUUCUCGCUAUUAAGAAGUGCGCCGCGGACAUCAGCCCGUACGUGCGCAAGGCAGCCGCGCUCGCCAUCCCGAAGAUAUACCACUUAGACUCCACACACCAGCCCGAGCUCAUCAGGAUCAUAUCUACGCUUUUGAAGGACCAGUCCCCGCUCUCCAUCGGCAGCGUGGCCAUCGCCUUCGAUGCGGUAUGUCCGACGCGGCUGGACCUGCUGCACCAACACUACAGGCGGCUAUGUAGAACCCUCAUCGACAUGGACGAAUGGGGCCAAGUCGACCUCCUCAACCUGCUCGUCCGGUAUACACGCGUCAUGCUGUCGCGACCUAUACCCUCGAGAGACGCGAACGCAGCGACACCAUUCGAGGUCGAUAGCGACCUAGCGCUAUUGCUGACCUCGGUCGAGCCACUGUUUCAGUCGCAAAACCCGGCUGUUGUACUUGGCGUCGCACGUGCAUUCUACUACCUUGGACCGUCGUCUGAUCUGCCCAAAAUCGUCCCGCCCCUGCUGCGCUUGCUGCACAUUUCUCGGGAGAUUGAACGCGUAGUCCUUACCAAUUUGGUUUUGAUUUCCUCAUCACUCUCCGAGGUUUUGGCGAAGUCUUACACGCAGUUCCUGGUACGCGCGGACGACCCACGACAAGUCAAGAAGGACAAAGUGCAUCUUCUCCGCUCCGUGAUCAACGUGGAGAACUAUCCAUCGCUUCUCCGAGAGUUUAUCUGCUAUGCAGACGAUGCAGACGACGAUUUGGUUGCAGAAGCGACCCAAGCAAUUGGCUACAUUGCGCGCAUAAUUCCAGAGGCAACGCAGCAGUGUUUAACGGCCCUAAUGGCGUUCAUCCAGAGCAAGCAUGAUGUGAUCGUCGCCAACGCCGUCCUCGUUUUGAAGUCGCUAGUACAAAUCCGCAUACAGCAGCAACAGAACGUCAUCGCCGCCGGCGGGCUACCACCACAGACCUUCUCUCCGCUGGAGAUCAUCUCCCGUCUCGCCCGCCGAAUCGAUGACAUCCGCCAUCCCAAAGCGCGAGCGUGUGUGGUCUGGUUAGUAGGGCAGUAUGCGGUCUCCCCGGCUCCUGCAGAAAACGGGACUACAUCUGCAGGGCCCGAGGGCAUCGCUCCCUGGGCCCCAGAUGUUCUACGUAAGAUGGCAAAGUCAUUCAUCCAAGAGACCCCCGUCGUAAAGCUGCAAAUUGUCACGCUCGCGGCGAAGCUCCUAGUGCUGUGCCCGACCGACCGGACGAUCGGGCUUCUGUACCGUUACGUGUGCUCGCUCGCGCAGUACGACCCCAACUACGACGUGCGCGACCGCGCGCGUAUGUACCGGGCGCUCCUGUCCAGCGUGACCGCUGGCCUGUACGGCGAAGCCGACUCAGACCGCGAGGACGUUGGCGGCGUGGUCCUCCGCCGUGAGCAGAUCAAGGUCGUCUUGUUCGAAGGAAAAGCCAGCCCAGAUGAGGACGUCACCAAAGACGAGGACGACCAUGGCCGAUUCGGGUCCCUGGCUGCUCUCACGGGGCGUUGGACGGGCGGCGACGGGUACCUGCCCGACUGGCUGGAAGAAGGCAUCGACUCGUCGCUGCGGGAUACCGAGGCGGACAUGCCGCAGGCCCCGGUGUACGUGUCCCAAUCCUCCUCUGCUGCACGCUCGAUCGGCCCGUCUAGUCGCGCAUCGCCGGUCGUCCUCACGCCCACGGGCGGUGUGUCCCCCGCAGGCUCGAUCACGCGGCCGGACGGCGGCAAGGCAGCGUACAUGGAUCUGGACAAGUUCUACGAAGACGCCGAGGAGGAAGACGAGAGCGAGGAGAGCGACAGCGACGAGGAAGACGGCGAAGAAGGCGAGGAGGACACCGCGAGCGGAAGCGGCGAGGAGGACGCCGGCUCAAUCGAAGGCGAAGACCAUUCCGAGCCUGGGAGCGAUGACCACGACGACGCUGAGGGUGACGGUCUGCUCAAUCAUGUACAGGGUACAACACAGUAG